AUGAAGACAACAAUCCAGCUGCUGGGCCUGUUCCUCAGCACCGCCGUGCUGGGCUCGCCCACGCAACACCCGCAAUGGCGCCAAUCCUGCCAGACGAACCCGCGCUCCUGUCCCCCCGGCACGCUCAUCGUGUCCAACUCCGACCCGGCCGCGCACUAUUCCACCGUGCAGGCCGCCAUCGCCGCCCUCCCGCACGACAACUCCUCCCAGGUCAUCCUCAUCCGCGCUGGCUCCUACCACGAACAGCUCAACGUCACCCGGCCCGGCCCCGUCACCCUCCUCGGCCAGACCUCGCCCGCCGGCCUCGCCGACCCGGCCCAGAACCAGGUCACUAUCACCUGGGCCCAGGCCAACCACGACAGCACCGGCAAGGCCGUCGACAACGUCUUCUCCAGCGUGCUGACCGUCGCGCCCACCCUCGAGGCCAGCUACACCGGCUCCGGCCCCACGGGCUACCCCGUGCCCGCGGACGCCCCCUUCGGCAGCAUCAACUUCCGCGUGUAUAACAUCGACUUUCGCAACACCUGGGCCGAGUACUCGGACGGCCCCGCCCACGCCCUCAGCUUCAGCCGCGCCAACGGCGGCUUCUACUACUGCGGCUUCUACUCGUACCAGGAUACGGUCUACAUCGGCAAACUAGCCAACGCCUACUUCCACCACAGCAUCAUCGCCGGCCAAACUGACUUCAUCUAUGGCUUCGGCACGGCCUGGAUCCAGCACUGCGAUCUGCAGCUGCGCGGCUGCGGCGGCGGCAUCACCGCCUGGAAGGGCUCCAACACGACCUUCGCCAACGCCUACGGCGUGUACAUCGUCGAGUCGAGCGUGCGCGCCGCCAACGCCUCCAUCGCCCCCGCCAUCGAGGGCCAGUGCGCCCUCGGCCGCCCCUGGAACAGCCUGCACCGGUCGAUCUUCGCGCACUGCUACGAGGACGCGUCCAUCCGGCCGCAGGGGUAUGUCGACUGGGUCGUUGACGGGGUGAGCCGCACCACGAACGAGACGCUCAUGGCCGAGUUCCGCGACCGCGGGCCCGGGUGGAAUGCGUCUGCGCGCGUGGCCGGCGGGAUUGGCACGGUGCUCGAUGCGAAGCAGUGGAGGCGGUAUGAUACGCCCGCGAAGGUGUUUAUGACGCCCGAUGGGCGGGCGGGCGAGACGUGGUGGAUUGAUUGGGCUGCGUAG